AUGAACCCCAGGCACUACAGGACCCCAAUGAACCCCAUGCACUACAGGAGCCCCAUGAACCCCAUGCACUACAGGCCCCCAAUGCACUACCCCAUACACUACAUGAACCCCAUGCACUACAGGACCCCAAUGAACCCUAUGCACUACAGGAACCCCAGGAACCCCAUGCACUACAGGAACCCCAUGAACUCCAUGCAAUACAGGACUCCCAUAAACCCCAUGCACUACAUGAACCCCAUGCACUACAGGACCCCCAUGAACCCCAUGCACUACAGGACCCCCAUGCACUACAUGAACUCCAUGCACUACAUACACCCCAUUAAACCCCAUGCACAACAAGACCCCCAUGAACUCUAUGCACUACAGGACCCCCAUGAAGUCCAUGCACUACCGGAACCCCAUGCACUACAGGACCCCCAUGAACCCCAUGCACUACAGGAACCCCAGGAACCCCAGGCACUACAGGACCCCCAUGAACCCCAUGCACUACAGGAGCCCCAUGAACCCCAUGCACUACAGGCCCCCAAUGCACUACCCCAUACACUACAUGAACCCCAUGCACUACAGGACCCCAAUGAACCCUAUGCACUACAGGAACCCCAGGAACCCCAUGCACUACAGGAACCCCAUGAACCCCAUGCAAUACAGGACUCCCAUAAACCCCAUGCACUACAUGAACCCCAUGCACUACAGGAACCCCAUGAACUCCAUGCAAUACAGGACUCCCAUAAACCCCAUGCACUACAUGAACCCCAUGCACUACAGGACCCCCAUGAACCCCAUGCACUACAGGACCCCCAUGAACCCCAUGCACUACAGGACCCCAUGAACUCCAUGCACUACAUGAACCCCAUGCACUACAGGACCCCCAUGCACUACAGGACCCCCAUGAACCCCAUGCACUACAGGACCCCCAUGCACUACAGGACCCCCAUGAACCCCAUGCACUACAGGACCCCCAUGAACCCCAUGCACUACAGGACCCAAAUGAACCCCAUGCACUACAUGAACCCCAUGCACUACAGGACCCCCAUGAACCCCAUGCACUACAGGACCCCCAUGAACCCCAUGCACUACAGGAUCCCCAUGAACCCUAUGCACUUCAGGACCCCCAUGAACCCCAUGCACUACAGGACCCCCAUGAAUGCCAUGCACUACAUGAACCCCAUGCACUACAGGACCCCCGUGAACCCCAUGCACUACAGGAUCCCCAUGAACCCCAGAAACCCCGGGGACUACAUGAAAACCAUGCACUACAGGAAACAGAUGAUAUAUUGUUUUAUAACCAAAAUUCACUAUAACUCCAAAGAUACACCACAAGUCGCUAAUGUUCGCAUUCCUUCCUGCUUGAGUAAAGAUAGAGCUUCAGUCAUUUUCCUGCAUGCAAGAUGA